AUGGCAUCAAUGUACAAAGAAAGAAGAGAACGUAAAGAUUUCUUGAAAUCAGAGAUUGACAGACAGAGAAAACUGAUUCAAGAAGAAGAUUUCAAGUUAAUGAAUGAAAAUAAUACUCAUUAUGUUGAAAAUAAAUUGAUAGAACUUAACAAAGAAUUAAAUUCUUUAAAAUUAGAAUUAGAAGAAUUAAGAUUGACAGGUGAUAAAUUUUAUACACAACAUGGAGAUGAUAAUAUAUUGAUAGAAAUCGAUGAGAUGAGUAAACUGACAUUCUAUCAUUGCACACACUCACUGGAGUUACCAGAGAUUCCAAUGGAUCACUGUUGCAAUGGAAGUCGUAUACAAAUCAAUUUCGAUGAAAACAACAAUCCAAUCUAUGAACUACACACACUACUCUCUACCAAAUCAAUUCACCAACUUUUUUCUGUAAAAACCAAUUUUGAAAUCCCGACUUUUAAACCAACCAACUUUUUCGAGCGCGUAAGACACAACACUUGGAGUCUUGGUAUAUCACCACUGCGUCGUACCACCUCUGACCCAUCGAUUUUCGGAGAACGUCUUUCACCACCCAAAUCCAUGUAUAUAGAAAAACAACAAAACCUCUCACCAAGACGUGAUCUAAAUAAUAGUGGCAACAUUGCUAACCACAGCAACAAUAGCAAUGGAGCAAGCAGUUUGAGUAGCUCUCCAAAGAAAGCAGAUACUUUCAAUGGAACCAGCUCAAUUGGUUCAAGCGGAAUCGACGGACUCGACGAGAGUGGAAAGAUAUUGCUCACUUGGAACACCAAGGAAACAUCGAUCUACAUCCUCAAGUCAAUGCAAGAAUCAACUGAGUUGCUCGAGUUGUUGGGCUCUCAUAUCGACCGAUCGAAAAAGCUGACCGCCAAGCAAUCACAACAAAUCAAACAAUUCCACCAGUAUCGAUCGACUCCCUACGAUCACAACAACGCUGAGCAUGAAACUUAUCUUACCGAGCUCUGGACUUGUCUCUAUCCCGACCUGCCUUUUGAAAAGAAAUCACCACUCUGGAAGGAUUUUGGAUUCCAAAGUGAAGAUCCAACACGUGAUUUCAGAGGAAUGGGUCUUCUUGGUCUAUUGAAUCUCAUCUAUCUAGUAAAGAAUCACAGACCAUGGGUAGAUUCUGUAUUAAAAGAAAAUAGAGAUUAUCCAUUUGCCGUCGCUGGUAUUAAUAUUACAAAUUUAAUGUUUGAAAUUUUAAAUGUAAAUGAUGAUGCUUUACAACAACCAUGGUGGUCACCUUUUUGGAAUUCAACUUAUAUGAUCAUGUUAUGUUCGAUGUCCAGAGACACUGACUUUGCUUUCGAGGAACUCUAUUUCCAAGCAUUCAAGUUGUUGGACCACGUCUGGACUCAAAUGAAUGCCACCUAUAUGAUGUUCCCAAAUGUAAUGAAAAGAAUGAAACAGAUGCUCAAUGAGGUCUCAACCUUGAACGCAAACUCAUUCGAAGAAGUCAAAGCAAGAUUCGAGUUGGUUAUCUUUUCAUCGUCAUUAGUCAACUAG